AUGCUGCCCCCGUGCACCUUACUCGGCCCUCGCUCGGGGCCCUCACACAUCAAAAUUACGAUCAACCGCGGCCCCGCGCAGGCCAAGGGUGCGCUGUGCGUGGGCAUCACCAACACAGUGGGCAGCGCUAUCUCCAACGCCACCCACUGCGGCGUGCACCUGAACGCCGGCUUCGAGAUCGGGGUCGCCUCCACCAAGGCCUACACCGCCCAGAUCGUGGCCCUGACCAUGAUGGCCCUCCUCCUCGGCGCCGACUCGCGCGCCAAGGCCCCCAAGCGCAUCGCCGCCAUGCGGGCGCUGGCGCGGCUGCCCGAUGACAUCCGGGAGGCGCUGAAGCUGGAUGAUGACAUGAAGAAGCUGGCGGAGCAGAUGAAGGACGCGCAAAGUUUGAUCUUCUUCGGGCGGGGGUACAACUACUCGACGGCGCUGGAGGCAGCGCUCAAGGUCAAGGAGGUGGCCCUGAUCCACUCUGAGGGCAUCAACGCCGGGGAGAUGAAGCACGGCCCCCUGGCCCUGGUGGAUGAGAACCUGCCCAUCAUAGUGAUCGCUACCCAGGACAACAUGCACCGCAAGAUGGAAUCAGUCAUCCAGCAGCUGCUGGCCCGCAGCGCCAAGCUGGUCAUCCUCUGCAACACCGGGGACGGGGCCAUGGACCAAUUCGAGAGCCGCAACUGCACCCUCAUCCGCGUGCCGCGCACGGUGGACGCCCUGCAGCCCAUCGUCAACAUCCUGCCCCUCCAGCUGCUCUCCUACCACCUCACAACCAUCAGGGGCUUCAACGUGGACCAGCCCCGCAACCUGGCGAAGAGCGUGACCGUCACCGAGGACUGA